AUGUCGAAGAAGACUGAAGACAAAAAAUUUAAAUUUGAGACCGAGGUCAGUCUCCUCACUGGGGGCCAAAUUGGCAAGGGGACGACAUUUUCGACACGGGAGGUUGAAAAGCUGUCCAAGCCAAAGAAGACGGACAAAAAACAGAAGCCGACAAGCUCAAAGGUCUACGGCAACAAGAUUGUCUUUAAGAACAAACUGUCUGGUGGCGAAAAUCAGAAGAAAAAGAAGAAGCUGUUGUUCUCUAACAUUAAACUCCUGGCUCGCUCUGCCGAUGACGGUCGCAUAGUAUUUGUUCACUAUGAGAAGGAACAACGUGGUUAUUACUUCGUCGUUGGGUUCAAAGAUUCAUCCGCAGCGGAGAAGUUUGUCAAUGCAGUUCAGAUGGGAAACGAGACAGUGAAGAUACUGGAUGAUGAGAAUGGAUAUUCUAAGGAGGAUACUCAUUCGGUCAGCAGUUUCGGCAUCUCACAACGAGACAAAGAGACAAACCAAUGGGCUCCUAGGCAGCUGUCAGAAAGCAGGGCUUCCCAGAGUCAUAACUCUCAGAUGGGAGUUGAGGAAUUCCACUUCUAUAACCCCAUGAAUAUCGCUCACAUUCCGUCCCCACCACUAGUUUUCAGCAAUCCCGUGCAGUCCACUCCUGCACAGUCGUCUUCUACAUCCGAAUUACACAUCAAUGGUGUAGCAGCCAAGGAGACCUACAUUUCAACCUGGGAUGAGGAAAGCCAGUAUUCCCUUGACGUCAGUGACACCGGUUCGGGGCAUAUACGUAAUCCGUCACCGCGUGCGCCCCCUGAUGGAUUUCAGAGGUUUACUCCAGGUCCAAAUGGUUUGGUGACAAAUUACGUCUACAUUGGACCUAGGGACGAGGAGGAGUCAUUUAAUGGAGAGGCACUGUUACCGCCCCAAUACAGCCGCGAAUCCCGACCUCGUAACCACUCUUCGACAAUAGAGUAUCACCGUAAGGGUUCCGUAACAUAUAGCAAUGGCAGGGAGGAAUGGCUGGAAAACGCAAUCAACUCUGACCGCCGUUCUCGAGGGAGAAAUUCUAGCCUAGUCUAUCCACCCAACGAGACGGCACGGAGGAUGUUAGUAUCGCCACCGCAAUCUCAACGGGUACGCAGCUCAUCACGCCAGACCUCCCGUUCAAGACGCAGUUCCCGGCCCAAGCAGAUUCCCCUCUCGGAAGAUGAGUCAAAAGGCUCCGGGUGGCACAGUGAUAUCCUCUUUGUGACGCCAAAACCCGGCGGUGGCUGUAAGAUCUCAUCUGAUGGACCUGUGAUGCUCUUUACAGCCUGUCGUACCAACAAACGCGAUUCAGACAGUUCUGACAGUAGCGAUGAGGAGGAGGAUCUAUCCUUGUCUUCCAGCACACUCACCAUUCGCGACGGCGAGAUGGCGCAGGCAGAGGAGGAGGAAGAUGAUAUAGAAAUGAAUUAUCAUUCUUCACUGAGAAUGCAUGCGAACAGUCAGGCCCUUUCUGCUGCGACCCCCUCCAGGCGCUUGUAA